UCUAUUGGUCGGUAUGACCGCUGCCAGUUCAUUGGCUACUAAAUACUUGCCACCGAACUAUGCAGGAUCACAUAGUCAUGGUGGCGCAAGACAAGGUGGAGGAGUACCAAGACCAUCAAAUCAAUAUUUGGCACCAAAUAAUAAUCUGCACUACAGUGGAGUAAAUGGUGGGGGACACGCUUUACACAGCGCCGCUUCAGCACCUGUAGGCGCACGGUAUGGUGGACAUAAUGCAGCAGCCGCACGUAUACCAACACUCAGAAAUAACUAUGUUAACGAUGGCAAUGGCAACUACAACUUUGGCUUCGAAACUGGUAAUGGCAUACGUCGUGAUGAAACAGGUGACUUCAGUGGUGGCUGGCCACAUGGUUCACUAGACGUUAAAGGCUCUUAUUCUUAUACUGGAGAUGAUGGUCAACAAUACACUGUUAACUACACAGCUGAUAAGAAUGGUUUCCAUCCAGAAGGUGAUCACUUGCCACAAGCCACUGAUGGCGGAUACGGUCAAGCAGCACAAGGACCACAUGGUGGUCAUGGCGGUCGUGGUGGUCAUGGUGGACAUGGUGGUCAUGGCGGACAUGGUGGACAUGCUGCAGCUGCUAGUGUACGUGCACCAUCUUCUAAUUACUUACCUCCAAAUCAACAACAAGGCUACAAUUAUGGCGGCAAAAGACACUAUUGAAUUUUCUGCUGCUCGACUCAA